UGCACUCCCCCUGCUGUAAUGUAGGCUAGUCUCGCCAACUCUCGCCUCUUCAGCAUAUUUCAGCAUCACUAGCGCUGCGGGAGGCUGAGUAGGCUAAGAUGCCGGGUGUUACAGUGAAAGACGUCAACCAGCAGGACUUUGUGCGGGCACUUUCUGCUUUCCUCAAAAAGUCGGGCAAACUGAAAGUUCCAGAAUGGGUAGACACAGUGAAGCUGGCAAAACACAAGGAGCUGGCACCCUGUGACGAAAACUGGUUCUACAUUAGAGCAGCAUCCACAGCACGCCACUUGUACCUCAGAGGGGGUGUCGGAGUUGGUGCCAUGAUCAAAAUCUACGGCGGUCGGCACAGAAAUGGAGUGUGCCCAUCCCAUUUCAGUGUGGGCUCACGGAACGUGGCACGCAAAGUGCUGCAAGCGCUGGAGGGCCUCAAGAUGGUGGAGAAGGACCCCAACGGGGGCCGCAGACUUACUCCUCAGGGUCAAAGAGAUUUGGACAGAAUUGCUGGACAGGUUGCAGCUGCAAGCAAAAAACAGUGAUGCCUCCAAAAGGGGCGGAAUCGUGGAACUAACCCCGUUGACCUCCUCAAUUCAGAUGUGCAUGAGUGAUGCAACUGGUAUGGAAUUUAGCAUGUAGAAGAGCUUAUAGUUCAUGGAAAAUAUAACACAGCCAAAUAGACACACACUACACAAGUAAGAUCAGUAAUAUGAUGUUCUGGUCAUACAGUGUUAUGGUUUUGAGUAUGCAAAAUGCUAAGAAAAAUGCCAAAGAAGCAAUGCUAAUCAAUUCUCUGCAAAAACACCAGUAGUCAAAAAUCAAUAAAUCUUGCCAUAAAGACUAUGCUAUGCCGAUAAUACUUGAAGGCUAUAUUGCCAUAUCAUUGCAUUUUUUGAUGGUUUGGUUUGUGUGUUUAUUGAAUGAAAUCUCUGUUGAAAGCCAUGUCAGUCGCCAGUUGUCUUUAUUGGCUACAGAGUCUAUUGUGACAGUAUAGACCCUUUCAACAAUAAAAACAAAAACAAUGCUUGAACGUUC